GCUGCGGUAUGAAAGGAGCGAAAAAAGGACCUGAUCAGAUAAACAGAGUUAUGCUCAAAACGUUAGUUAGCUGGCGAGCUACACAACAGAUUUAUCAUCGUCACCCUUUCUUUAACUGCUGAAUCUAAACUUCAUAGCUUGAAAUCUUCAUCCGUAAACGCUGGGGUGUGCAGAAGUCGAUGAACUGUUACCAUACAACCAGAGAUACAACUUCUUAGCUAACGUUAGUUACAGUAAGUUAGGUUAGCACCAUUGCAAGCUAGCUAGCAAUGAAGGACACGCUGGAUCUUCUUCAUAGGCUCAGUGCUCACCCUGAUUCGCGCUGCUGGUAUGUGGCCUGGAACGCGAAGGGUACACUGCUUGCUUCAUGCGGCGGUGACCGAGCCAUCCGCAUAUGGGGUAAAGAAGGCGAGUCGUGGGAAUGUAAGUGUGUGCUGUCAGACGGUCAUCAGCGCACAGUUCGAAAGGUGGCUUGGUCACCGUGCGGGAACUACCUGGCCUCGGCGAGCUUCGAUGCCACAACAUCUAUCUGGAAGAGGAAAGACGACGACUUUGAGUGUCUGACGGUGUUGGAGGGGCAUGAGAAUGAGGUGAAGUGUGUUGCCUGGUCCCCAUCUGGCAACCUGCUGGCCACCUGCAGCAGAGACAAGACUGUGUGGGUCUGGGAAGUGGACGAGGAGGAUGAGUACGAGUGUGUGAGUGUGGUGAACUCCCACACACAGGAUGUGAAACACGUGGCCUGGCACCCCACAAUGGAGCUCCUGGCCUCUGCGAGCUAUGACAACAAGGUGUGUAUUCAUAAGGAGGAGGACGAUGACUGGGAGUGCCGGGCCACUCUGGAGGGCCACACGUCCACUGUCUGGAGCGUGACCUUUGACCCCACCGGCCAGCGGCUGGCUUCCUGCAGCGACGACCGCACCGUGAAGAUCUGGAAGGAGAGUCAGCCAGAAGAAGGCAGCUCUUCAGAUGUAUCCUGGAAAUGCGUGUGUACCCUCUCUGGAUUCCACGGGCGGACAGUCUACGACGUUGCAUGGUGUCGGCUGACGAGUGCCCUGGCUACCGCCUGCGGUGACGACGGUGUGCGCGUGUUUAAGGAGGACGCGACCUCUGACCCCGAGCAGCCCAUCUUCUCCAUGAGCGCGCACGUGCCUAAAGCCCACAACCAGGACGUCAACUGCGUGGCCUGGAACCCCAAGGUGGCGGGGCUGCUGGCGUCCUGCAGCGACGACGGGGACAUCUGCCUCUGGAGCUACAAAUCAGAGGACUGAGAUGUGAUUGACAGGCUGGAGGACCAAUGAACUGCACUGAAUGUGAGCCUUGCAGGCUGAGUCUCGAGUGUAGACAUGCGUUGGAUGGGCCAGUGAAGGGUCAAGCCAUCAACACGUUUAACAUGAAAUUCAGCUGAGGGUGUAAAUACUUGUUUCAGAAGAAUUUGCCAAGUCUUGUGUAGUAUUUUAACUAUGCCUCACCGUUAGAUCAUAAGACAAGUAUGUAACACACAAUUCACCUCACCCGUAGCUUUAUCUAAAUGCAUUUCUUAAGGGGGCCGUUUUACGAUCAUGAUGAAAAAGCCUUUCCGUGUUGUGCUUUUCCCACUGAUAUUGAUUUUUCACGUGAUGUCUAAAAAUGUGUUCAUUAAAAUAAGAAACU